UUAUACCCAAGAGUCUUCGACGGGAAACUCUUGAAUGUCUUCAUGAUGGUCAUCAGGGAAUAGACCGCACAAAAAGGAGGGCGCGACAGACUGUUUACUGGCCUAAAAUUGACAGAGAUAUUGAGAACAUGGUUUAUUCUUGUAUCAAAUGUCGUCCUCUUCUACCAAAUCAAAGAAAUGAACCUCUAUGGCAAGAAGAAGAUCUACCAAGUAGAGUUUUUGAGUCCGUAUCUGCGGAUUAUUUUCAUGUCAUGGGUCGUUCUUAUCUUGUUUAUAUUGACAGGUUGUCUGGAUGGCCUUGUGUAUCUUCGUGCCAGGGUAUAGCUUCUGCAUCCAAUCUAAUACGGUCACUGAGGGCUAUAUUUUCAGAUACUGGUGUUCCUGUUUUGUUGAAAACUGAUGGAGGACAGCAGUUUGCUUCAUCAGCUUUGAGACGUUUUUUAUCUCGCUGGGGAGUAGAACAUCGCAUUACUUCGCCAUAUAAUCCGAAGGCAAAUGGACAUGCAGAAGCAUCAGUGAAAAUUAUCAAGAAGCUGAUUAUGACUACUGCUAAGAAUGGGAACCUGGAUGCGGAUGAAUUUGCCCGUGGAAUGUUGGAGCUUAGGAAUACACCUCGUGCUGAUGGCAGAUCACCAGCUCAAGUUUUAUUUGGUCAUCCCCUCAGGUCUUUUAUUCCAACACAUCGUCACUCAUUUGCCAAAGAGUGGCAAAAGAAAGCAGAGGAAUGUGAUGUUAAAGCAGAGUAUUUGCGAAGUCAGGCGAAGCACCGAUACGACAGUACUGCCAGACCCCUUUCUCAUUUGAAAAUGGGUAGUUAUGUUGAUGUUCAGGAUCACACCACAGGACUUUGGAAUCGCCCAGGUGCUGUUGUCGGCAUUGGAUCCAGGCGAGAUUAUCUCAUAAAGAUGGGCAGUAGGCGCAUUUUGUGGAGAAACCGAAAGUUCCUGAGACCACAUCGACCUUUUCUACCAAUAUAUGGAUCAAGCCUUGAUACAACUAAUACUCCCAGUAAACCAAAGGAUGUGGAGAAAUCACAAGAUAAUUCUACUGCUGAGGUUAUUAGCAAAUCAAUCUUGCCUACACCAGCUCCACGUCGUAGUUUGCGGCAUAGGAAAGAACCUGAUCGUCUACAAGUAAAAUGGAAGAAAAAUACAUAUGAAUAAGAAGGAUUUUCAGACGCCAGGGAUUAUAAUAUUAUUACCCUAGACGUCUUAGGGGGAGGUGUGUGAUAUACCUCCAAAUGUCCAUAUUCAUUUGUUUACUAGUUAUGUAAUGGGUUGUUCGGUAAUUAUAUUGUAAUGGUAAUUGGUUUCGAAUGUAAAUAAACAAGCGAGAGUUCUGUAAAUACUUUUCUUUAUAUGUAUGUAACGAAUAUCGUUAGUCUCUG